AAACCACAAUGCAUCAACCUUUCCCUCAUGGGCGAUCAGCGGGAUAUACGUCAUCACCAUCAAUAAUUAAUAACAAUCCUUCUGAAUCACUAUUAAAGGUUAAAACACAUUUAGAGUACAUUACUAUCGAUGCUUAUACUUAUCCGUUGCAACUUCAGUCGACAUUGUUCAUAUCCUUCCGAAACGUUUCGACAAUUUCGAAACGAUUUGUCUAUGCUUUCGUUCGCAACACAGAAUCAUCAUCUUACCUAUUGCCCGCUCCUACUCGGUUCCUCAGGUCUUCAACGUGGGAAAACGUGAACAUCUCGACAUGUUCCACGGGAGAAUUAUCGAUAUACGACUCUGGCACCUUUGCUGAAGUCGGAUACAGCGAACUUGAGCUAAUAGAAUUGUUGUGUUGUCAUUGGGAACUUCUCAAAAUAGCGGAUAAAAAAAGAAUUUCUGUAUCGGGCGAAAUUUUCUGUGGUGAUUCGGAUUUAUUACAUAUGUUACGUGAUAAUGUUAUGUAG